CUGCGCUAGUUUGUCGGAGUUUACUUCCUCAUUUAGUCAGUUUAAAUCUGUAGGAGCGUAAAGAACGAAAAUAAUGUGGAGUAAAAAGUUUGCGUGUGUUUUUAUACUGGCUUCCGUUUCAGUAGACGGUAUACACUACAUGAUAUCCAACGAAAGGACGGACUGGAACAAUGCGAGUUGUAAACUAGCCGUUCCAAAUCUGAAGUCUACAACAGAAGGUGAUUGGCAAAUUGACGAACAACAUAUGAAUCAGUUGAAUAUACCAACAAAUGGCGUUUGGAUAGGGUACAUACAUGCCACUGUGGCGUUUGAAUACUUAGGUUGCUCACAAGCUUCACAGUCAACGAACAAAAUAUGGAUGAACAGCAUCGGCCACUGCAAUUCGAAGUGCAAAGGAAACAUGUUCGGUGUCCAAGGAACCAAUCAAGGUAGACAGGGUGUUUUAUGCGCGUGUAUUGCCAGCAGCAAUGCCAUGACAGCACAAUCCUGCACAGAAGUAUGUGACCAAGACUUUAUUUGUGGAAUGCACAAUACCGAUAACAAUUUACAAGAAAACAAAAGGGGGACAGUGGGUCGCUAACAGUAUUGACAUGUACCCCUCCUCAUGGGUGGACGCAAAUAAAAUAUGUUUGUCCAACGCAACUUUGCCUGCGACAGUGGCCAGUGUAUUCAAAGCAAAUUUUAGUGAUGCAUUGAAUCAAGUUCACUGGACAGGCGUCAUUCGGACAAAUACAGUGCUGAUGGCAGACGAUGCAGAUUUUAUUACCACGCAUGGAAAAACUACUUAUGCCUUCAUGACAGAUAAUGGAAAAAUAUAUUUCGAAGAACGUGGGUAUAGAAGCAGUCUGUGUACAGCAAGUAAGUUAUGCAUUAUAGUGAGGUGUCAACAGGUGAACACGCUGGAUAUGUUAAACCUUCGCAUUAAACGUCAUCUCCACGAACUUGACCAUACGAAUACGAAGCGUCACUUGUUUUGUUUCUACGAAAGGAAUCUUGUUUUCACUAUGACUAUCCGCAAGUGAAAUAUGGAAGUUUUACAAUGUCACAAAUAUAUUGUAAACCUAAUGUAACGGUUGUCAUACUUACAAACGCAUGAUCGCCUUGAAGGGAUGAAUGGGCAAACACCAUAUGUUUCCCAACAUGUUAGUAUAUACAUAAUAUUGAAAUCAAAUAUAUAAUAUACUGCAAUACAGUUGUGUUUAUUCACUUGAUGUAAAUUACGUGGGGACAGUAGCCUAGUGGUAGAAUGCUGGUUUAGGGAUCGGAAGGUCCCUGUUUCGAAUUCCGCUGGGGGCACUGGAUUUUUCUGAGCAAAAAAAUAAUCCCACGCUUGCUCCUCUCCUCCUUUCAGGUGUGUAAAUGGGUACCUGUGAGGGAAAUAAGUCAAUUUGCCGUGGCUGCCUUCGGCGCAAUAUGUAAACGAACGACUUAAAUCCCAGUGAUCGGGGGGUUAAUGUCAACGUCGGCUGAAGAUGCAUACGUUAUCGAAGCAGACUCGGCAGCAGCAACAACAAGACCAACGUUUCACUUUUCAACAACAACGAAGCUGUCCGAAGGAAUUGAAACGACCUCAUCAACUCAAAGUAAUCCUAGCCCUGUCAGCCCUACAAUCAGUGAUUCGACGCUCACGGAGUCAUUUACCAGUCAUCAAGAACUAAAACAAUUCGAUAACGUGUCUGAACAGUCUCCUAAAUCCUCAGCCGUAGGAAUAGGCAUCGGCGUUUCUGUUGCAGUAAUUUGUUUAGUGGUGGCCACGAUUACCAUUAUCGUCCUGAAGAAAAGAGGAUUAUUGCCCUGCAAACUAGGAGCAGACAAAAAACAACCGGCGGUCGAAAAGGUUGCAUUUGAAGAAAACAUAACGUACACGAAAGGCCUUGACGACACUGUGAAGAAUCAUAAUUAUUUCAUCCUUGAAAAAGGCUCACUAUCAGUAAAUGAAAAUAUCGACGAUUACAAUACCCAAUGUGAAUCAAAUCACGAAAAUGGUGAAGACGGUACUUACAAUUCAAUAGAGGACACAGAGGAACCAUAUAAACAUUUUAAAGAUAACAAUGGUGAGUAUGACUACACAACCAAUAAUUUAACAAGUGGAUCGAAUACGAGAAAACCUGAUAAUGUAUACAACAAACUAAAGUUAAACCGACCAGGUGACUAUAAUCACGUAGAUGGACGUGAACAUAAUGUUACCCAAUCAGGAAAUGACUACGAUAUAAAAUCUCCUGUUGUUGCUCCCAGUAACGCUGACGUUAGUGAUUACAAUCAUAUUACACACCCUGUUGAAGGGAAUGUUGACUAUGACAUCAAUACAGGGAGAAAGGUAAAACUCGCCCCGAGCGAUGCAUCGGGGUAUGCUCACGUCAAAAUUUAAAACAAAAGAAUGAAGUAAAUAAACUAUGGAAGUUAUAUACCAUUAACUGUGUAUACUUUGCUGCAAAUACGUGUUUCCUUUGUACAACUUUUACAUUUAAUGUAUUCGGCUGUGCUUAAUUCGACGAUGUACAUAGAAGAAAAAUAGAGAUCAUUAAACAAGCAUGGAUUACCAAUAGAUCAACAACAAUUUCAAUAGCAAUUGUAUCGUAAGUCUAUACAAUAUAAGUGUGUUACAUAACUUCAAACACUGGCACAUUUCUACAAGAUAAAAACAAACUAUUAUCCGUACGUUCAUAAAUGUUAUGUUCCGUUUAUUUGCGCGUAAAUGUAAAUGUACGCGUACAUCAUCGCUCUCUCUCUCUAUAUAUAUUGAAACAAUAAAUAUAAUGGUCUAUUU